UCGCGGAGCCUGAGCCGGAGCCGCCGCCCGUUUCCCGUCGCCCGCCACCCGCCGCCUGCCAGCAGCCCACGCAGAGAUGUCUGAAGUCAGACCUGGCUCCAGGGACCUCUUCCAGGAAGCCCCUCUGGAAGAACAGGUGCCAGAACUGUCGUCGACAGAAAUUCCCGGCCUGACCCGCGCCACGGAGGACCAGGACGGGGACCAGGACGGGGAUCGCAUGGUAGACUUGGACCUCAUGGAGUGCCUGGAGCACAGUAACCGAGUGGCCCUGAGGCUGGCCCGGAUCGGGGAUGAGAUGGAUGUCCGUGUGCGGGGCCCCCGGCUGGCCCAGCUGCCCGGCAUGGCCGUGCACAGCCUGGCCCUCACCUACAGCCGGAGGGGCGUCAGGGGUGUGGCUGCAAGCCUGGCACUCCGUCUCGCCAGCCUCCUGAGGUUCCGGAGUCGCCGUGGGGCUCCCAGCCUCUGGGUGUCCCUGGAGCCGAUGCCCCUGCUGCUGCUGCUGGGUGGGGGGCUGCUGCUGCUUUUGCAGUGA